CUCGGGUGGUGGUCGCAUUUCAGUCGCAAAAACACGACCUGCUGCUGCUGGUUUGCUGGAGUGGCGUGUUUUGGUCAAGCAAUUUUCUUUCGCGAAACGUAAAAUUUCUCUUUUUCCGGCCCGAAUCUAACCGUUUUCCCGUGAAAUUUCGUGCAAAUCGUGCGCUCCGUAAUGUGCUAGUGGAAAACACUGUCGAAAAAUGAUCGAACACGAGCAGCCCGCUAUAAAUAUCACCGAUAAUAAGGUGAUCGAGCAUGAGGAGUUCCUCAACCGGAUCAAGAAGACCCUGUACUAUGGGUCGUCGACUUCGACGGUCAAGUGCACCAUGAUCAGCCGCCCGUUGGCCGACUAUGCGGCGGAGAUUUUUUCCGAGUCACAUCGGGGACACUCGCUCAGUCGGCUCAACUUUGUCACCGUCGGCAACCUGACCGUCACGCCCUGCUCUCUGAUUCUGGCCAUGAUCUACCUGGACCGGCUGAACGUUAUUGAUCCGGCGUACGCCCGCAGAAUUACGCCGUCCGAACUUUUUAUAGUAUCAAUGAUGGUCUCAACCAAGUUCUACUGUGGCUACGACGAAGACAUCUACUUAAGUGCCUGGGCCGAUUCCGGAAGCAUGUCGGUGGAUCACAUGAAGCAACUGGAACUGGAAUUCCUUGACGCUAUAGGCUGGAAGGUGUACGUGUCGAAUCAGGAGUUUUUCGAGAAGCUCAAAUCCGUCGAGCGCGUGCUCGCCAAGCGGCAAGGUCUGGCCCGCGGGUGGCUCACCUACACCGAGCUGAUCAACUUCAUCCCGACGCUGGCCCUGGCCAAGCAGAUUCUCAACUACAGCACGGUGCUUGCGCUGAGCUACACCGCUAGCGUGAUGACCAUUGCCGGGGCCUUUUUCUUAGCUAGUAACAUCAACGUACCUGGAAAUGUGUUAUUCCGCGGUGCCGCGACCUCAACAGCUCAACCGUCGCCGACGACAGCCGGAAUUAGCGAACUGGGCCAGCAGCAAAACUGCACCGGUGACAUUGGGCAGCAGCAGCACCACCAGCCAAUUUCGUCGGAUCAACAACAAUCUCUUACUUUAGAAGACUGCGAAUGCUCGUUGCAGAAGGCUAUCGAGAGCGUCCAACUGCUCAAUCGUGCUUACUUUAAUGAAAAUUCAAAAUUCGAACAACAUCACUACAAGGCUGAUUUUAGACAAUUCCCCAACUCAAUACACUUUGGACCGGUCAUCGUGAACCCGGGUGUGGCCAACGUCGCCUCCAGCUGGAAGCAUUUCCGUCUGCUUUACCCGGCAACGCUGUCCGCCGGAAACGGCGAAGACGACGGCGAUGGCGAUGGCAAUGAGACCGCUGCGAACCGAAACUGCACUUACGAUGAAUUCAUUCCACUGCUGACAUCACACGGCACACGACUGCAAUGCGAACGAGCGGCCAACGGCGACCCGGCAACGACGACGACGACGACGACGACCUCUUCCGGGCCCAUUUACGAGAGCUACAAGCGAACCUUCGAAAUGUUUAGUUCUUUUCUAAAGUUUUUGUGAGCAGCGAAAACUUUUUUUCUCUCCCAAUUGAAGAAGAAACUAAAUUUCAUUUGAUUUUUUUUUUGUAACUAACCCCUUUUUACGAUAUGUUUUUAUUAACAUUUCCGAUAAGAAUCCUGAUACUAACACAAUAAAAAUAAAUAAAAUAAAAAAUCACAUAAAAAUAACCACUAAUUAAAAAAAACACAGAAAACGACACCAACCGUAGUGGGAUGGUGAUUUAUUUCGAAACGAAAUUGCAGUUUUACUGAAAAAUAUCAGACGAAAACAUAACAAAAUGUACCUUUUGAAGCAAUAAUUCCAAUUGAACUAAAGUACACACAUGCUUGCGUUGAAUACAUUUUAUUAUUCAAACACUAAUUCCAUUUAAUUCAGUUUCGAUUUUUGUUUUUUGCAAUAUUUGUAACCAAUAAAUUAUUGUUAAUUUUUAGAAUCAAAUCAAUAAAAUAUU